AUGUUGGACUGGCUUCUUAUUAUAARAUAUUUAUUUGUCAACCAUCCUUUUAUCRAUAUAUUAGAUAAAGUCAAUAUUCAAUCAUGUCUAUCUUAUGCUCUGGUGUCAAAGCGAUGGUUCAUAUCAGUGUCACAACUAGCUCCUGUCUCCUUCACACUUCCUCUUCGUGACGUUCACUUCAUCGAUAGAUGCUUGUCUUUGCUGUCGGAAAUUGCGCACAACAACGAGUGCCAACAACUGCACAUUGAUCGACACUGGAUCAAGAAGGUGACGAUCGAUUGUGUACUGGACGAUCUUAUCCUACACGAGCUCGAAAACUAUGACCUCAAAGACAAUGCCAAGCUUGUUGUCAACAACCUCUAUCUUUUGUUCCCCAACAUCUGGCAGGCCUCUCUCAACUAUGUUCCAACCUUCUAUAGCUUCAACAACGCAUAUAUAUAUCACUUUGGCAUGCUGCCCACAAAUGUUCCACUCUCUGUCGUUGUCCUGCCUGGCCAAUUGGAGCAGUUCCUCAAUCAUGUACAACAGGGCGAUGUUUCGGUCAAGCAUUUGACAACAACGAGAUGGCCAACGGGCCAGUUGCCUCCCAACAUACACUCGAUGACUCUCAACAUGAAUCUAUCACAGAGAUACAUCAAUAUCGCCAUGCCCCACAACAAACUGCAAACUACAUCACAUGCUCUGGACUUGGGCAAACUCAGAAAGCUUCACUUAUUCGACUACUACCUUGACGACCAGGAUCUGGCCACAGCCUUCAGUUCCCCAACGCUCAAAUCAAUCAUGAUAUGUGUCCCCUACAAUCCUCACUUUGGCCACACUGGCGGCCACAAUGGUUCUGCUACACUCUGCAACGAUAUCUUUGACAACCUGAAGCGAAACACCACUUUGGAGUCGCUGCGCAUUAUGGAGCAUUGUUAUCCAGUUGAUCAGUAUCCGGUGGCCGACACAGUGGUCGUUGAUGCAGUCAAUCAAAGCCUCGCAGACUCGUUGACGCACCAUCGAUCACUUCGUAAGCUUGGAUUUCUAUACUCCAAGUCCUUGGUCAGCAACAAACUCCUCACGGCCAUUGCGAACAAUAGGAACAUUAGCAAGAUCGAACUGAUGUGCGAUACACUGGAUGACGGUUUACUGCGCCAUCUCUCAGAGUCUCUUAUCGGUGCUCACAGUUGUGUUUCAUCACUCAAUCUCUCUUCAAACUUUGGUAUCUCCAACGAACAACCAAUCGUUGAGAUCAUAACGCGACUACAGUCACUCAAGCAACUCAUUCUCUUGAAUCUCCGCAACCUAUCUCAACAUGAGCAGCAGGCCCGUAUAAUCAACUCACUGGAUUGGCACCAUGUACUACAGUACCUCCAUCUAAGCGUCUGCUCCAAGGCACAACUCCAUCCAACUCAUCGCGCAGGAGUUACAAUUAUUCAAGAGAUGUUUGAUUACACUGUCCACACAAAGUAUGAUCCCAACAACUAUUACCAAAGGAUCCGAUCCUCAUCCCCGUCCUCAGUGUCAUCAGAUUACUACAGCGACGAUGACUCCCCUCAACCUCCUUGGCCAAUU